AGUAGUACGAGAUUAUUCUCCCACCUGUCUGAUAACACUUCAUUUCAAACCACUCUGUAAUUCCCAGUAUCUAUCCACGCUCCAUUAUUGCCUUCUUAGUCCUUGAUUUUCCCUAAUUACCAUAGUUAACUCUCAAAUUUUCAACCUCAAAUUUCUUCUUGAGCCCUUCAAAAAAAAAAUAAAAAAAAAAUCCCCCUUUUUAACAUUUUGGCUUCAAGAAACCCUAAUUCUAAUUAAAUACACAAAUUUCCCAAAUACCCUUUUCCGAUUUUAUGUAAUUGAGCUUGAAGGUGCUUAAUUGAAGCUUGUUGGGAAUUUGGAUUUUGUGGAAAUCUUAUUAAUUCCAAAGAUUGUUCUUUUGUUCUUGAUUGGUGUUAAAGAGGAUUUGGUCUAAAAAUAAAGAUUAGAAGAUGGAGAACUAUGAGCUGGUAAAAGAUAUAGGGUCUGGGAAUUUUGGAGUUGCAAGGCUUAUGAGGCACAAGCAGACCAAAGAGCUGGUUGCAAUGAAAUAUAUUGAGAGAGGCCACAAGAUUGAUGAGAAUGUUGCAAGGGAGAUCAUAAAUCAUAAAUCGCUUCGACAUCCAAACAUAAUUCGGUUCAAAGAGGUGGUAUUAACCCCCACUCAUCUUGCCAUUCUUAUGGAAUAUGCAGCUGGCGGAGAGCUGUUUGAGCGCAUUUGCAAUGCCGGAAGGUUCAGUGAAGAUGAGGCUAGAUAUUUCUUCCAGCAGCUUAUUUCAGGAGUCUGCUACUGUCACAACAUGCAAAUAUGCCAUCGAGAUUUGAAACUGGAGAAUACUCUAUUGGACGGCAGUCCAGCACCACGCUUGAAGAUUUGCGAUUUUGGAUACUCAAAGUCGUCUCUGCUGCAUUCAAGGCCAAAAUCAACUGUUGGAACUCCCGCUUAUAUUGCUCCUGAAGUUCUAUCUAGAAGAGAGUAUGAUGGCAAGCUGGCUGAUGUUUGGUCAUGUGGAGUGACACUUUAUGUAAUGCUGGUUGGUGCAUACCCUUUUGAAGACCAGGAGGAUCCAAAGAACUUUAGGAAAACUAUUCAACGAAUAAUGUCGGUGCAGUAUAAGGUUCCCGAUUAUGUUCACAUAUCACAGGACUGUAGGCACCUUCUCUCUCGCAUAUUUGUUGCCAAUCCAGCAAGAAGAAUUACAAUCAAAGAAAUCAAAACCCACCCGUGGUUUUUGAAGAAUUUGCCUAGGGAAUUAACAGAAGCAGCACAGAUUGCUUAUUACAGAAAAGAAAAUCCAACCUUUUCCCUUCAGACUGCGGAGGAGAUCAUGAAAAUUGUGGAAGACGCAAAGACCCCUGCUCCAGCUUCCCGUUCAGUCGGAGGGUUUGGCUGGGUUGGUGAAGAAGAAGACGGGGAAAACGAAGAAGAAUUAGAAGAGGACGACGAAGAAGAAGAUGAAUACGAAAAGCAAGUGAAGCAGGUACACGAAAGUGGAGAAUUUCAUGUCAUUUAAGGUCUUAAGUAAUCUAUGUUGCUUGUUGAAAGCAACAGCUUUUAUGUAUUGCUUUUCUUGGUUGUGUAAAAUUGGUUGUAGCUAAGGUCUUAACUAACCUUUGUUGCUUGUAGAGAGCUAUAGCUUUUAUGUAUUGCUUUUCAUGGUUGUUUAAAAUUGGUUCUUUUCCCUGUUGUGUGUGAUUUAAGGAAGUCUGUAAAUUUAUAGUUUUUUGGUCAGGGGGCUUGUGAAUUUUAUUGCUAUGUUGCAAGGGCAAUGGUAUGCUGAUUUUGUUAGUCAAAGGCGUUGAAUUAUAAGCCUAAAGUGCCUGGUUUUCAGACAAACUUGAGUUUUAAUUGACAGGCUUUGGGUCAAUAUUAUGAUAGUGUACACUGAAUGGUUGGUUUCUCAGUUAUGAAUAUGAAAGAUUGAUUUAUUUUCGGUAA